GUGACGUCUCUGUGGCCUGUGGAGCUCAUGGCAGCCCUGGGUGCGCUGGCACGACAGCACCAGGCUUCAGAGAUGGCGUUGCUGCUGUCUUUGUUUGGGCUUCUGCUGAGUCGCAACUUUGAUCAGGACGACCUUCUGGUGGGCAUCCCAGAAGCAGGUCGCAGUGGGGAUCUUUCGGUGCUCCAAAACAUCAUGGGAUUCUUUGUGAAUACCCUGCCCAUCCGCCUAUCCUUCCAACACAAGGCGCCAACUUUUGGCGAGCUGCUGAAGAGGACGCAGCAGACCUUGUUUGAAGCGAUCGACCACUCUGCCAUACCUUUCCAGCACUUGGUGAAUGAAAUGCGGCAGCACCAGGAGGUGGAUGGCAACCAGCUGCUGCAAGCUUUCUUCCAACAUGUUGUAGCUGGGCAGUCCCACAGUCCGCGCAAGGCUGCUGGCAUGGUGCUGGAGCAUUUUGAUUUCGAGCCCCAUCCAGCACCUGCAAAAUUUGAGGCGUGA